CGGCGUUUUGCCGCGCAUGCUCCGUGUGGUUCCCGCCUGUGCCAUCAUGAUCUCCACCUUCGAGUACAGCAAGUCGUUCUUCUUCCACUACAACCUGGAUCUCCAGGAAGCGGCUUACCGGGGCUCCCAGUGAAGUCACUAGCGAGAGAGCAACUGCACCUGCAAUGGCCAAGAGGGAAUGGGAAUCCUGCGCCCACUUGGCGGCCGCCUGUGCCGCAGUGGCGGCCACUCCCAGCCAGAGCCAGUCGAAGGCCACUAUGACAGACCCCCGGUUCCGGAUCCGACCUCUUCAGCAAGUGGCAUCCGCCUGCACCGGCGCCAUGGUGACCGCCUGCUUCAUGACCCCUCUGGAUGUGAUCAAGACGCGGCUGCAGGCCCAACAGCAGGCGCUGCUCUCGAAGAAGUGCUUCCUCUACUGCAACGGCCUCAUGGAUCACAUCUGCCCCUGCGGUCCGGACACACCCAACCCAGCAGUGGCCAAGCCGGCACCCCGCUUUUCUGGCACAAUUGACGCUUUCAUCAAGAUAAGCCGCGCCGAGGGCGUCGGCUCCCUGUGGUCGGGGCUCAGCCCAACACUAAUCUCGGCCCUGCCCUCGACCAUCAUCUACUUUGUGGCUUACGAGCAGUUCAAGGCCCGCUUCACCGACCUCCACUACAAGUACAUGCAACGCCCGGACAGCAGCGCCAACGGGCGCGACAUUCCACUUCCGAUUCCAUUUCUGGUGCCGCUGCUGGCUGGCGUUUCGGCUCGCAUCCUGGCCGUCACCUGUGUGAGUCCCGUCGAGCUGAUCCGCACCAAGAUGCAGUCGCAGCGCAUGACGCACGCCGAGAUGUUCGGCACCAUUCGCCAGGUGGUGCAGUCGCAGGGCAUCCUGGGCCUUUGGCGCGGCCUGCCGCCCACAAUCCUGCGCGACGUGCCCUUCUCGGGCAUCUACUGGACCUGCUACGAGUACCUGAAGAGCUCCUUCGGCGUUGUGGAGCCAACGUUUAGCUUUAGCUUUGCUGCGGGAGCAAUAUCCGGAUCGGUGGCUGCCAUGAUCACCACGCCCUUCGACGUGGUGAAAACGCACGAGCAGAUCGAAUUUGGCGAGAAGUUCAUAUUCUCAGGUAGGCCCAACCAUCAGGUUCACACACCAUGCACCAGCAGCAUUGACAAUGGUUCGGUUUGCAUUACGGCAGAUAAUCCCCAGCCCACCGGCAAGCAAGUGGUCACCAAGUCGGUGGCGGUGCGCCUGGCCAGCAUUUACCGCCUGGGCGGAGUGCCCGCCAUUUUCUCUGGACUGGGCCCCCGACUCUUCAAGGUGGCACCCGCGUGUGCGAUCAUGAUUUCGUCCUUUGAGUACGGCAAGUCCUUCUUCUAUCACUACAACAUCGACCAGCACAACCGAAGCAUCCAGGCGUCCGCAGCGUGAGAUCGUGGCAUCGGUCACUCCAAAUUCGACUACUACAGUGAAUCUGUGUAAAUAUGUACAACUAUUGCCUCAGUUUCCAGGAAAUCGGUGGGCAGGCAACCUUCCUCUUCUGCUGGCUUUGGCGAGCCCUUUCGAAAUUGUUAAAUUGUAGUGCAAAUAAAAUUCUUGUUUUUUCUAGUUUAAAAACAACAACAACAAGCUGGCUGGCCGUUCCCACCCAAAAUUCCUUUGCGCUCCUAGCUAGUCGUAAUGUUUUAACUAGAAAACCAAACCAGAAAAUGAACUAUAACUUUGUACAUGUACAGAUAUGAGAGCGCACAAAGGGCCAAUUGUUUGUUACAAAUAUAAUUUUCUUUCAACUCCUUAUAGAAAUAGAAAUUAUACUUUAAAACAUUAAAUAAAAUAUGUGAGUUGCUUUAUAACAAUAA